AGACGGGCUUCUUACACGCUAUCCGAAACGAUUCGCAGAAGCCUACCAAACACACACACACACACACCACCACCGUUACCUACACGUCUCCUGCACGCACAUCAUUUAUGUGAGCACGUGGGUCAUUUCUUCCUGCUUCCUACUUCUUUUGUUUUACUGCCGCCCUGCCUUCCUUUUCUAAACCCUGGCCCUCGACAUCUGCUUUUGUUGUGUAUUUAAAAGCAUAUCGCUCCGCCAGUCACUUUUCGUCGCUCCAACAGCUUUGCCAAUAAAAGGAACACCGCGAGUUACACUCAGUUCACUCAGCGAUGUCGACGCCAGAAAUUAAAGCGAAGACCACGCUGGAGGAUGUGGACGCGAAGGGCGCCUUCAAGCGCAAGCCCACCGCCUUCCGCAACAAGAUCGAAAAGGGCGGCCAGUACCCUCCCGCGAAGGGGCGCUACAUUCUUUAUGUUUCGUACAUGUGUCCGUGGGCCAGCCGCUGCACCGCCUACCGCGUCGCGAAAGGGCUGGAGGACGUCAUCGAGCUCGCCGUGACCUCCCCUGUGUGGGCCUUCACGAGGCCUGGCGUCGACGACCACGAGGGCUGGGUGUUUGACCCGUCCUACCCGGGCGCCACUCCCGACCCGCUCGGCCUCUUCAAGACGGUCCGCGACAUCUACGACCUGUCCAUGAAGAACAGCGACAACGUGUUCGAGACGCGCUACACCGUCCCCGUCCUCUUCGACCGUGUGACCAAGACCAUCGUCAACAACGAGAGCUCCGAGAUCAUCCGCAUCUUCAACAGCGCCUUCGACGAGUUCGCGACGCACCCGGCGGUGGACCUGAGCCCGGCGGCGCUGCUGCCGGCGAUCGACGCGAUGAACGAGCGCACAUACGAGCCGCUGUGCAACGGCGUGUACAAGUGCGGCUUCGCGCAGUCGCAGGAGGCGUACGAUGAGGCGGUGGAGGGCGUCUUCUUGACCAUCGACGAGCUGGAGGAGCUGCUGCGACAUCAGCGCUACCUGACCGGCGACGCUGUGACGGAGGCGGACAUCCGCGUCUUCUGCUGCCUCGUGCGCUUCGAUGAGGUGUACUCCGUGCAUUUCAAGUGCAACCGCAUCUUGAUCCGCGAGUGCCCCAACCUGCUGGAGUGGCUGCGCGAUGUGUACCAGACGCUGCACCUGGCGCCGACGUUGCACAUGAAGCACAUCAAGGACGGUUACUACGCGCUGAGUCCUUACAAGAUUGUGCCUGUGGGCAGCGACUUCGUGGCGAAGCUGGAGGUGCCUCACAGUCGUGCAGCUCUCUUUGCUGAUCAAAAGUGA